UCUCAUCCUCCCACGCACACAGUUCCUCUCGUAAUUCCAGGAACUCGCUUAGAGAAGAGUAAAAUCAUAAUUUUUCUGCAUGCAAUAAUCUUCUCAGCUUCUUUUUUUGCUAGGAUGGAUUAUUACAGCAUUCAUCACAUCACCACAUCCAUCCGUCCAACAAGACUGACCAUGUCGCAUCUCACUCGCAGUGGCACAAGGCAAAACUGACCAUCAUCACGAAUGUAGUACAGGACUGGACUCUGUGCUCUACUGCUUUUUGGGGUCUCGCUCGUCGUCUCAUGCAAACUUGUGCUUCUAUUUACUAAGCCGUGAGUCUAGAGUGUGGUGGAAUUGUGCAAAAAUCGGGAGACAUUUCGGAUCGGAGGAUCUCACAAAAAGUCUAAUUUACAAAAAAAAAUCGGGUAAAAAUGUUGCAACGUUUGUUUCACUGCCUCUUCGUCCUCUUUGUCGUCACGUUCCUGACCUCCUUUGCUCAAACCAACCGCCACCAAUCCUCCAGCCCUUUUAUCCUCUUUCCCAACUCGGUCAUGACGGCGACAGGGUCAUAUUCCGGAGGUUGGAAUGGUAUGAGCGCACCGACGACGAAGCCGCGAUCGCAGCCUCCGUUACAUCUCCUCCGCUCGCUCGGAACGGGAGACUGGGUCACCACGCUCAAAACGUUGGGUGGCAAUGUUCGCGUGAACUCGAGUGUCACGACGGGUGAACAGUUUCUCGUGGACAUGGAUGGAAAACCGAUUCUUGAUGAGAGAGGGAAGAAAGUCAUCGUUGGCGGGGAUGGUGGCGUGGCCAAGACCCAGCUCACCAUGAUCGGUCUGCCCGGUGAAGACGCAGCUAACAGAACGAUAGGGCAACCAAAGAAGGAGUCGCCAACGGUGAUAGGGCGAAUGGGAAACAAGCCUGCGUCACCGGGGUGGAGUGUGGCCGCAUGUCGCCCAGAGGAGCGCAGCGUCCCCGUCGGUGUCCACUACGAACCGCACAUCAUCCAUCAUCCCAGAUGCGUCAGGGUGGAAAGAUGCGGAGGCUGCUGUGGGACUGACAUUCUCGCCUGCGAGGCCAGUGAAAAGAGCACAGUUGAUGUUCCCGUUCAAAAAUUCGAAUACGUCGCUGACCUGGCCAAAGUAAACUUCGUGGCGCAAGAGUGGGUUAGUGUCGAACGACACACGAAAUGUGAGUGUCGUUGCAGGACGAAACCGGAAGACUGUACCCCCAGCCAAGUUUACCGCGAGUCGGAAUGUCUCUGCGUCUGUCGCAACACGGCAGAGCAGAUGAGCUGUAGCGAAAAACCGUUGAAAGUGUGGGACCCGACCAACUGCGCCUGCACGUGUCGCGAACUCCGCGACUGCAGUUCUGGUUUUUAUUUCAAUCUGGGGACCUGCGAGUGCCUCCCUUCCAAAAAACGGGGAGCUCGAGCGCACGCCAACAGUGCCUCGAACAGGCGGAGGAGUUAAUUUUGGAGUUGAACAGCACGUCCCAUUCAUCAUCUGCUCAUCCAUCGUCAACAAAUUUAUUUUUUACUCUUUAAUUACUCAUGUACCUACAUACUCAGUUAAUUUUCCUCGCUUUUCUAUGUAUUAGACUGAUCCACGUUAUGUGUUUUAUUUACUUAGAUUAUAAUUUCUCCCUGUCUUUUUCCACGUAUUCAAGUAUUUACAGUCUUGUCCCACCAGCAGAACGAUACCAGUGUUUCGUUUCUUGUGGGUUUGCCACAUUUCUAGCACUGCAAAGCAAGCCACGCAAGACAUGCGAGGUGCCAGAAACUGCCAGAAAGUGCAAGAAAUAUGCGCCACCGAGGCAUGCGUGGUAUGAAUUAUAGCGUCGGGGCAUAGUUUCUUGCGCCUUGCAUUUCUUGCAGGUCAAAAUAGCCGCAAGAAACCACGGUAGUUACUUGCAUCAGAAACACUGUUUGUCCCACCAGCACGAUCCCAUGCGUAAUGUCGGCUCAUUUUAUAACGAAUAAAUGGACAAAAAUAACAAGUCGAUUGAAU